AUGGAUUUUAUAGAGUUUGAUAGUUUCACGUCAGAUGAUAAUGUCAAUUUACCACAACCACAACCCGCAUUAUCACUACCCAUAUCUACAAAUUUAGAAUCAUUUGGUAAAAAAAUAUCUAAUUUUAGUCUAUCAAAAAAUUUCAAAUCAUCAAUCCUCAAUGACUCAACGACUACUGAAAGUAAUAAUACGGAGAACGAACUUAUGAAUAAAUAUGCUCAGCUAUCACUAAAUCUACUAAAGGAUGAUAAGAACAAAGAUGAUAUUUCAUCUCCAACAAAAUCAGACUCAUUAGCUAUAAGAUUAUCAAGAGUUUUGAAUGAUUCAUUAAGUGACUCACAAUUAAGAGAAAUUUUUACAAACUUUGAAAACUAUGAUCAAGACUACUUGAAAGAGUUGGUGGAUGCAGGAUUUGUCGGAACUAUGUCAAGGAAGAAAUUAAAAGGUGUAAUAGAACAAGAAUUGAUUAAAAACCAAUCAUCAGUUUUAAAAGAAUAUCAACCUGUUAUAAAACAAUUGAAAACUAUUGAGCUGAAAUUAAAAAAAUUAAACGAACUCAACAAUUCUACAAACGAAAGGAUCUCCAAAAAUUCUAAAAGUCUGAGUGAAUUUAAUGAAAAUGUUGAGAAAUUAAAUAAUGACAAACAAUUGAUAGAAUUGAAGAAGACAUUACUAAUAGCUUUCAAAGAAAAAUUCACAUUAAAUGAAUAUGAAGAAUUUACAUUAAUUCAAGGAGAAUUAAAUGAAGAGUACUUUUCAAUAUUAGAAAAAGCUGAAAAAAUAGUGGAAGAUUGUUCGAUUUUAUUAUCUGAAGAUAAUCCACAAUUAGGAUUAAAGAUUAUGUCCAAGAUGAACUCGAUAAUAAACAAGUCUAUUGACAGAACAAUCAAUUACUGUUAUAAAACAUUAGACAAUCUAUACUCCUUAAACUCAAAAACAAGAUUAAACAUUUUGCAUGAGUGUUUUCAAUAUCUUAAAACGAAGGAACAAUUUGAUCAAAUAAUUAAUAAAUUCAGUGACUCCAGGUCCAAAUUAUUACUAGAAGAGUUUUAUCAUCAAAUUCAAGGUCAGCUGGAUUUAGAAAGACCAACCAUGGAUCGAAGAUCAAGUACUAGAAGUUCUAUCUCAUUGUCAAGUGUUGAUGCUAGACCAGUAUUCAUGUCAGCUCACGAUCCAGUAAGAUUUGUGGGGGAUUUUCUCGCAUAUAUUCAUUCAAUUGCGGUAAAUGAAUCGGAGACUAUAACGAACAUUUUCACUAUGGGAGAUGAUAACGAUCAUGAAUUUGAUCAUAUAAUCAAAAUUGUAACAAAUAAGGUACUAAAAUCAUUAUCAAAACCUAUAAAAUCAAAAAUAGAGCAAAAUAUAUCGAUAGAAACAAAAUUGACAACAAUUUAUCAAAUAUUCAAUCUUGUUGAAUUAUAUUCAAUAAUGUUCAACAAACAACUACACGAAUCUGAUGAUUUAAUUGUCACAAUUAAAAAUUUAGUUAAAACAUGUCACGAUCGUAUAUUCAUGAUAAUUUCAAAUAAGAUAUCAACCAUAAGAUCGAGUAAUCUGGCAAGAUUAGAAUUAAAUUUGGACUUACAACCUCCAGAAUGGAUCAUUGGAUUUUAUCUGGAUAUUUUACCAAUGAUUGAUCAGAUGAAUACUGAAACAAUAUUAAAUUUAUCACAAGAAGAACAUGAAAGAUUCUUAAAUUUAAUAAUAAACCAACCAAUAUCAAUUUUCAAACAACAUGUCAGUGAUAAUAAGCAGUUUAACAAAAUCGAUUCGUAUAUAAUAGAGUUCAAUUUUUUAGAUCUAAUUCAAUCAAAAAUUAUGCCAAUAUCAUUAUUAUCGGAUAAAGUUUUGGAGAUCAAUGAUUUGAACUCAGAUUUAACUCAAAAUUUGAUAUCAAUAAUUCUCGAUAACAUGUUGAAUAAUACUGAAUUGUUUGAUUAUUAUAAUAUAUUAAAUAUGAUAUGUCCGUUGUCUGAUGAUUUUUUUGAUGUUUCAAUAUAUGAACCAAUUAAGGAAAAUAAAUUAUACAAUUUUGAAAAUUUACAAAAAAGUGAUAUAAUUAUCCAAAAUUAUAUUCCCAAUGCAAUGAUUGAAAUUCAACAACAAUUAUUAAAACUAAAUUCUCCAUUAAUUGUUAAUAAUAUCAUAGAUGAAACAUUUGUGAAAUUUGUUAAAUUUUACAACAAGAUAGAUCUUAUAAAUCAAGAAGUCUUACAAUUUUCUUUUGCUUGGUCUGAUUUUGAAUUGGCUACAAUGUUGGGUAUAGACGAAAUUUAUGAAAAACAAUUACAAAAUUUAUAA